AUGUCCGGCCUAACCCUAAGCCACGUCGAGCUCGAGAUUCUGCAGUGCAGUGGUUCCCUCACUGAGAAGAAACAAGCAGAAUGCUAUCACAAGGUUUACAAGUUGAGGAAAGCAUUAUAUGGCUUAAAACAGGCUCCUAGAGCCUGGUACAGUGAGAUUGAUACGUACUCGAUUAAUUGUAAGUUCAAGAAAAGCACUAGUGAGGCUACACUAAACACAAGAUUUAAUGAAGAAUAUGGAUUGAUCAUUGUGCCACUGUAUGUGGAUGAUAUUGUAUACACCAGUGAAUUUAAAAGAGAGAUAAUGCAGAAAUAUGACAUGUUUGACUUAUGGGUGCUUCACUUCUUGGGAAUGGGAAUUCUGCAAACUAAUAAGGGUGUGUUCAUUCAUCAAAGCAAGUAUGCAAAGUCAUUCCCGGUGAAAUUUGGUCUUGCAGACUGCAAACCUGUGUCAAUUCCAUUGUCUGCAGAAGAAAAACUCAAGAAAGUUGAUGGAAUUGAAUUGGUUGAUGAAAGCAUGUACAUGAAGAUUGUAGGGAGCUUUUUGUAUUUGACAGCAACUAUACCAGAUUUGAUGUAUGCUGCCAGUUUAUUGUCAAGGUUCAUGAAUAGUCCCAUAAAGAAACAUUUUGGAGUUGUAAAGAGAGUCUUGAGAUAUAUGCAGAGUACAAUAAGCUAUGAGAUUGAUUAUGUAAAAGACAAAGAAGCAACACUUAUGGGAUCUUAUGAUGUUAACUGGGUAGGUAGUGAAGAUGAUAGUAGAAGCACCUCAGGCUAUGCCUUCAGUUUUGGAAGUGGUGUCUUAUCCUGGGCCCCUGUGAAGCAAAACACAGCUGUUUUAUCAACUGUAGAAGCUGAGUAUGUCUUUGCAGUAAAGGCCACAACUUAG